GACAUUAAGACACUAAACUGAAACCGUUUUUAGUUUAUGUUGUGUUGAUUUAUUUUUAAUCUGUAAAGCGACAAAACAGGAAAUAACUGAAAAAACUUCAAGAAAUUACAUUUAAAACGUUUGUUUUUUUCUGUCCUUCAACCAUUCUUCAGGGUCCGUGAGGCGCAGACUGUGAUUGGCUGACAGCGGUGUGACGCAGCGGGUGUUUCCGAUCACACUGAUUAGUUCCACCGAGCUGAUCAGAGACCAUCGAUCCAGAGAUGCUGCUGUCUGUGGUUGGUCUGCUGUCCAUGUGUCUGCUGGCUGGACGGACAGCAGAAUUCGGUCAGAAUCCGUUAAACUCAACACAACACAAGAACAGAACUGAUGUUGGAUCGGAACCGGAAACAGGACCUGGAUCUGGAUCUGCUGAUGGAAACUUGAAUCAGCAGAAGGAAACCAGGCAUGAAGUUCUGCAGGAAGGUUCCACGUUCUCCGGACUCUUUGGUUUCGGCGACCUGGCCGGGGUUCGGUCCUUCGUCCCGGAGCAGCAGGUGGAGACCCGGAUCAUCGGGGGUCAGGAGGCCUGGUCUCACUCGUGGCCUUGGCAGGUUUCUCUCCGGUUCGCCUCCAUGCCGGCCUGUGGAGGAGCCGUGAUCGGACCGACCUGGGUCCUCUCUGCUGCACACUGCUUCAAAAGGUUCAACAAAGCUUCUUUCUGGACGGUUUUGGCUGGAAAACACGACCUGGAUAAUCCUCAUGAAGCUCAUCAGCAGCUGGUCGGUGUCUCCGUCAUCUUCAGCCACCACGGCUACAACCCUCGGACCAAAGACCUGGACGUCGCUCUGCUGAAGCUGCAGCAGCCGCUGGAGUUCGGCCUCUUCGUGCGACCCAUCGACGUGUGGAUGUCGGCGCUGCCUCUGCUGGGUCGCUGCACCGUCACCGGCUGGGGCUCCACCAGAGAGAACGGACCUCGAGUGAACCGGCUGCAGGAAGUUAACGUCACCAUCCUCCCGUCAGAGGAAUGUAACCGCUACUACAGCGGCCGCAUCCGUAACUCCAUGUUCUGUGCAGGAAAGGACGAAGGAGGUGUGGACGCCUGCCAGGGCGACUCUGGAGGUCCUUUGUCCUGCUUCAACGGCAGCAGAUACGAGUUGGUUGGUUUGGUGAGUUGGGGGGUCGGAUGUGGCCGAGCUCGUAGACCAGGAGUUUACACCAAAGUCCAGCUGCACACCGACUGGAUCCGUGACCUGAUGAGUCAGGAUAAAGUUCAUGAAGACGAGAUGACGGCUGAAGAGGACAGGUGUGGGAAACAGCAGAGCUCCAGAUGUGACCCAGGCCUGGCCGGACUCUCCGUGUCCCAUGACGGAGUGCUGUGUGUGGGCAACGUGUCCGAGUCCUGCCCCUUCACCUGGCCCUGGAUGGUCAGUCUGCAGUCUGAAGGACGCCAUGUCUGCAGCGGAGCUCUGAUCCACCGACGCUGGGUUCUAACGGCCAAACACUGUGGCAUCAGAGCUAAGAAGGGCGUGGUGGUUCUGGGGGUCCAUGAUCUCCGGUUCUUGUCCACUCAGACCCUUCUGGUGGACGAAGUCUUCGAGCCGCCGCAGGACUCCAGCUUUCCUCCUAAAGCUGACCUGUCGCUGCUGCGCCUCCAUCAGGACGCCAGGUUUGGUUCUAACAUCAGUCCAGUCUGUGUUCCUGAGGAGGACGAGGACCUCGAUGACAGCUGGUCCUGCAUCACAGCUGGAUGGGGAGCAACUAAAGCUACGGUCGGUAUCGAUCCGAAGCGUUUGCAUCAUGCUGGACUGACUCUGGUCAAUGAGACGAGCUGCAGGAAGCAGUGGGGGGAUUCAUCUGUGACGCGCACAUCUGCUCACAUCCUGCAGCGUCCACUUCCUGUUUGGGCGACUCUGGAGCUCCUUUAUUCUGUCGGAAACAUGGCUCCUACUUCCUGUUUGGCGUCAUUUCAUGGGGCAGCUGGCGAUGCGACGCAGAGAAACCGGCCAUCUUCACCAGAGUGUCCGACUAUCAUUCCUGGAUCAGCGGGGUGACCGACGACAUCUGAAUGGUGAUGCAGUCCUUGAAAAGCCUGAACCACAGCCGGUCGGAUGACUCUGGGUCCACAGAGGAAUAAAUCAGUGAGGUUCUGGUUCUGCAGUCUGACGCUCAG